GUAGCCGAUAAAAGGAACGAAAAGAAGACAACAAGAAGAGCGCAUUGCAUCCCUUCCCCGCGUAACUAGCCAAUAGUCCUGUGUGCUGCUGUGCUUUUAUUCGUUUUGACCGCUACUGCCCGACCGAAAGGUCCGUCGAAAGCGUGACGCCGGCGUCAAACGCUAAGCUAACGCGCAAGCCAAGAUGGUCAGCAGCCGUCUGGCGAACCGGCUCGGUGUCACAGGCGCGCCGAGGCGUCGGCCGGUGACAGAUGCUCGCGAGGUUCUCAAUGCACGGGCGGGUCGCACCGCUGCUGCCUCUUCCUUGGCAGCUCGUCGUCUGGGCAUGGCCUCGCGUGGCAUUGUCAAAAUGGGGGGCCGGCCGGCUCGCGGCGGCCUUCGUCUCAACACCAUGCGGAGUGACCUCAUUGCCGGCGGCAGCGGACUUCGCAGCGACACUAUUCUGGCGGCUGGCCGUCGAAACUUCGCUGCACAAACACAAGGCUCUCCGAGGUUCCAGACGAGAAAUCUGAGACAGCCAGCACAGACCUUCGGUGCUGGUAUGGCUAACAGGAGGCGGGGCCUCAUCAGUGGCACCAAGCGGCUCGCGGCAAUGCAGCAAAUACAAGCGGCCCAUAUGGACAUUGAUGAACGCAUCCCGCUGGCCCGGAACAAACGGAUCCAGGUGAACCCAAACGGCAUUUCAGUGACCACGGCCAACCCUUUUAUGUCGUCCCGGCAAGGCCUGUUUGGGGGACGUGCCAGCGCGUUGGAGGAGGACGACGACCUCGAGCGGCUGACCCUGGACGACGUCCUCGGGAGGUCGCCCCUGGGCGCCGCCACAGCUGCGGCAGCAGCGGCGGCGGCCGCAGCCAGGCUCUACCACACAGGCACUGCAUCGAUUGGAAGGACACCCCGGGCAACGUCUUCACUGAGCCGGAUCCAGCACCGACUCGAUGGUGGGGGACUGGGCUCACCUGCGCGUCGUUCACCAUCAGAUCCGUUGCCAGGGUGCUCGGUGCUUGUUGCCAACCUUCACCCCCAGGUCACCGAGAGCGACAUUCGGGAUUUGUUUCAAGACAUUGGUCCCAUGCACGAUGCCAGGAUGGUAGCAGUUGGAACGGCCCUGGCAACGUUUCACCGGCAGUCUGAUGCCAUGAAGGCCUUCAAGGCCUACAAUGGCAGAAUGCUCGAUGGUCAGCCCAUGAACCUGACUGUGUUGACGCUGGACAUCUUGCAGUCCAACCAAAGGUGAUGGACUGAGCCAGAGCUUGAAAAAACAUCAUCAGAGGACAUAGCCCUGCAAGACCAGCUCUGCAGUUGCCAAUGGCCUCCUUCCUUUUGUUCCAUUAAGCCCUUUCUCCUCCCUCUCAGAGUUUUUGUUGAGACCGCGCGUGACGCAAGCCCCAUCAAGUGUUGGUCAGUUCCUUUGUAACCAUACCAGCUUCUGCGCCCCCCCCCCCCCCUACUUCUGUUGAUACUUCACACUUCGACCCCCUGGCGUGCUUGUAUACAAGGACUAAGAUGUGGAAUCGGCUGAGGCUCCCAUCACGUUUGACCUUGGCACCCGGAAGGCUGCAGAAAUAAAAAGCACAUUAUUGACAUA